CUUAUUCUGAAAGGCUCUUUCUAGUUUGGAAAAUCAACACUACCGGUUUGUGUGAAAGGGAGGAAGGCGGAAUAGGAGGCCUCCUGGUCUUUGGGAACAAAGGGUGACAGAUUUAACCAGCAUGGGAGCAGCCUGAUCUCGGUAAUCCAGUGUCCAGCAAAGAUGUCGAAACGCCCGUCCUACGCUCCUCCUCCUCCCCCUGCCCCAACAACACAAAUGCCUUCCACCCCAGGGUUUGUGGGCUACAACCCUUACAGCCAUCUGGCCUACAACAACCUCCGGCUGGGAGGGAGCUCCGGAGGCUCCAGCAGGAACUCCUCGGGGAUCACCGUCCCGAAGCCUCCCAAACCUCCAGACAAGCCUCUGAUGCCAUACAUGCGGUACAGCCGGAAGGUAAGCAGGAAGGUAUGGGACCAGGUGAAGGCAUCCAAUCCAGACCUGAAGCUGUGGGAGAUUGGGAAGAUUAUCGGAGGAAUGUGGAGGGACCUGACGGAUGAGGAGAAGCAGGACUACCUGAAUGAGUACGAAGCUGAAAAGAUCGAGUACAAUGACUCUUUGAAAGCUUAUCACAACUCGCCGGCUUACUUGGCUUAUGUGAACGCCAAGAACCGGGCUGAGGCUGCGAUGGAGGAGGAGAGCAGGCAGAGGCAGAGUCGUCUAGACAAAGGAGAGCCGUACAUGAGCAUUCAACCUGCUGAAGACCCUGAUGACUUUGAUGAUGGUUUUUCAGUGAAGCACUCGGCAGCUGCUCGCUUCCAGAGGAACCACCGACUAAUCAGUGACAUCCUCAGUGAGAUUGUUGUCCCUGAUGUCCGCUCUGUGGUCACCACAGCCCGCAUGCAGGUCCUCAAGAGACAGGUCCAGUCCCUCAUGGUGCACCAGAGGAAGCUAGAAGCAGAACUUCUGCAGAUUGAAGAUCGCCACCAGGAAAAGAAGAGACGCUUCCUUGAGACUACUGAUUCCUUCAACACUGAACUGAAGCGGCUGUGCAGCCUGAAGGUGGAGGUGGACAUGGAGAAGCUGGCAGCAGAGAUGGCAGCUGCAGAGGAGGCAGCAAGGCGGCGAGCCGAGGAACGGGAGCGUGAAGCGGCCGAGCAGGCGGAGAAAGCGGCGCAGCAACAACAGGAGGCAGCAGCAAACAAAGCUGCAGAGCAGAACAAUGCUAACGCCACCUCAGGGACCAAAGAGGAGGACCAGCCUGCACCAAUGGAGACGGAUGAAGCAGCACCUGCAGAGGCCGUCUCUGACCAACAGUCUGUUCCGCCUCCUCCGUCGGAACCUGCCUCCUCUCCCUCUGAUACCGCAGCCCCUCUCCCCGAGCCCCCCAGGGAGAGCAGCACUCCUGUCAGCAGCGCUCCCAGUGAUGACAGCAACAGCAUGCCCCCUCCAGCAGAUGGUACCCCUGGAGCAACAGCAGCGUCAGAGCCCUCAGCAGGACAGGAAGCGGCUAACCCCGGGCCGGCUGCUGCACCUCCACCCUCUGAAGAAGUGGCCCAACCACCGCCACUACUUCUCCCUAAUCAGAGCAGCCAACAGUAUGAAAUGUGAGAGUAGAGUUAGAACCUGAGUGGUAGCUGUAGACGUCAACCCUUUAACUACCAGGACGUAGUUGUGAUGACAGUUGUUCUGGUCAGAGACCAGAGGCCACAGUUACUGCUGCCUUUCAGCUGCUCUGAUCACCUCUGCAAACCAAAGGGUUUCAUUUACUGCUCAGAAACAUCCCUGUUACAUCCUCCAUCCCCUCCUGCAAUGGAAAUGCUCCCAUUCUAAGCUGGUUCUGUUUUGUUAUUACAAUUCUGUUAGAUCUUUGUAGGAGACUAUAAGCUAUCUGUGAAAGCUGCCCGUUUGACCGAGAGCAUUUCUGAAACAUCUGUUUGACCCUAGAAGAAUCUGAGGGCUUAGUCUGUUGUAUUAACAUUCAUUCCCAACCUUCUGCAUGCUCGGCUACUUUUAAACCUUCCUCCUGCAACAGUUGAGCGGACCUUCAGAAUAGCUAGAAUAGAACGACCCAAACUGACCUAAGCUGAAAUCUGAAUAGUUUUCCUGCAUUUAAAGUCAGUGUCGAUGCUUGCUGCCCUGUACUGAUCAUGUUGAUGCUGAAAGAACAGAUAUGUACUCCAUGUGUGUCCUUUAAUUCAUAUACAUCAAAUAUUCCAUACUGACUACCUUUCAUGUGUUUCUGCUGACAUUACAAGCAUUGACUUACAUCAGAGAAAUGCGUGGGCCACUCCCAUUCAAAGGUAGCCUCACUUAUGCAUUUGAAGGACUGAUUUCUUACUUGACAUUGGGCCUUUUACUUAAUGCCUCUUUUUUGUACUGUCUGAUCUUAUUCAAAUAAAUUUGAUUUCCCAAUC